GAAGCACCUUUGCAUCCUCGCGAGAGAAGACUGAUGAGACGCAGACAACAGGUGGAAGAACUCAGGAGAAGUAGAUGCCUGCUCCACAAGCCAGAUCAACCCUGAAUCUGUGUCAGCUGGCCGAAGGUGGAGAGCAAUUAAGCCCGGCUAUAAAUCAAGUCCGAAAGCUGCAGCUAAACGCUGAUAGCAACACGUCUCUUUUUCCUGGGUAUGUCAUCACAUGCCUGUCCAUGCCAAAGGGGGGUUACCCAUGAUCCCUAUUCCUUUAAAUAGUACUGAACUGUCUGCUUAUGAUUAUGCUACAUGGGGAACGAAGCCAAAUACCACCUGGGCAGAUAUGCAAGAUGAGACUUGUUUGUGCCUAUAUGUGCAGCCUAAGGAAGGAGAGUUUUGUUUCCAGUGUAAUGGCACAGGUUAUAAAGUGAGAAAUAGCUCCUGUGAAGUCACCUUUGUAAAGAAUGGGGCUAACAUAAACGGCUCUUACAAACCAAAUGUCAUUCCUUUUGAUUACUCCAUUCAAGGCUAUUAUGAACAGAUAGCCCUCUACAUCCAAACCUGCAACACAGGAUAUAUGGCCCUGGUGGGACACUCUUUUGUAUGUGGCAAUAGAACCUAUAGGACUUUACCUCCAAACUGGUCUGGAAGAUCUUAUGUAGCUCAGUUAUGGCCUACAGUUACAAUUACCCAACACUAUCCUAAAGAAGGAAUGCGAAAUCAGCGGGAUUUGGGCUCUGCCCAAGAUAUAGUGGGCAACAGAACCCCUUUAACAGUGGCUGAUGCAAUAGGAUGGUCCUUCCUCCCACCGGUAGGAGUGGCCAGAGUUGGAGGUGCUGUUAUUAGGCUCCAGGCAGUAGUGGAGGUUUUGGUCAAUGAAACAGGAGAAGCCUUUCUUUCUUUGGCAAAGGAACAAAGGAAGAUUAGGCAAAUGACCCUGCAAAAUAGAUUGGCUUUGGACUACUUCUUGGCUUCUAAGGGUGGUGUUUGUGCCCUUGUAGGGAAAGAAUGUUGUAUAUAUAUUCCUGACAAUUUUGAUGAAACCUUUGACCAUAUGCAGAAGACCCAACAAGUGGUCUAUGUACCCCCAGAUCACACUGGGGAUACUUGGUCUCGGUUCAUGGUCUUGGCUGCCAGAUUUGGGAGCCCAGGGAAGGAAAAAAUUAGCAGUUUGUUUUAUUAUCCUAAUUUCCAUUGCUUUAUUAUUAUUAUUAUUAUUAUUAUUAUUAUUUACAUUUAUAUCCCGCUCUUCCUCCAAUGAGCCCAGAGCAGUGUACUACAUACUUGAGUUUCUUUUUCACAACAACCCUGUGAAGUAGGUUAUGCUGAGAGGAUGUGACUGGCCCAAAGUCACCCAGCUAGUUUUAUGGCUGAAUGGGGAUUUGAACCCGGGUCUCCCCGGUCCUAGUCCAGCACUCUAACCACUACACCACGCUGGCUUUUAUAUGUUGGGGUCAUGUUAUUGAAAUGCUGUAUGCAAACUCUAAACAGAUCUGAUGCUAUUUAUGCCUGCCUCACUCGAGCUGAACUGCACGAAAUUCCUACCAAGUUGCGCAAACAUGAGGCAUGCCUUCAGAUGUGUGAAGUGCAAAAGUGAGGCUUAAUGUAUUCACAUGGAGCCUCAAAGGCGGGGAAUGAUGAAGAAAAACUUUAUUUGGGUCUGGUUUGGGCCUAGUCAAAAAUCUAGGCAAGGCCUGUAAGUUUGGAUUUCAGUGCUCCUGAAGGGUUGCUAUGGUAACACAAUGUAUCAUUGUGCUGUUUGGAGGGAAUUGAAGGAGAUGGGAUGACAUAAGAACUGCUGGCAAAUGGUGAUUGGUGCACACUCUCAGUAUAGUCCGAUGUCUGACCUUUAAAAUAAUUGGGGUGGAAGGAUGUAUAGUUCAAGUAUGAGUGUCUCAUACGAAAAGGAAGAAAAGGUGUUGGACUUCUGGUUCCAGAACACUGAAGGGAGGACGCACUAGAAGCAGCUCUGGUAGUAGUUUUUUGCCGAUAUGUCUAAUUCUUUGCUCCGAUUAAGAUAAAGGAAAAUUUAUUACCUUAUCUUGUUUGCUGGACUUUGCUGGAAACUGGGCUGACCAUAAAUCUUCUCUAAAUUGAGACAACUGUUGUCAAGAACCUUGAUAAGACAUUCUCUGUUUUGCCUCAGCUGCGUUGCUAAUAACUGAGUCAGCAAUGGUCAAAAAUAAAAGACUUCGACAGAGCUCUUCUUCUAGUCUAAUGCUGGGAGAUUCUCCAGAUUUUGCAGAAGGUGAACAAAAUGCUAAGCAAUCCUGUUUGGAUGAUUAUUUUAUCUGCAGAACUGAUGUUUCUCAAUCCCCUUUGGGAAUAAGGCAAAAUAAAGUACAAGAACCCCAGGUGAUAACUUUGCUGGAGGAUGUUGGCAGCAAUCCAAAGAAUCCUGAAGAUAAGACCUCAGCUAGCCCAGCCAAGCCUAUAUCAGAAUUAAGCUGGCUAACUACUACUCUCUCUCAAUUCUAUAAAUUGACUGCUAGCACCUUAAAAUUGAUAUUGGAGAAUAUGCAUAAGCUUGAUAGGCAGUUGAGUAAACUAUCACCCCUAUCACCUCUAUUACAACAGACUGGCAACUCUUAUGAUGUGUGCUCCUAAUUCCAAUUACUUUCUGCCCCAUUUGGCAAUGUUUAAAGCUGAGGAUAGAUCUCAGUCUUUCCUUCAAGCAAGUUCAGAAGCACAUCUCUCCAAAUCCAAUUAUGUGUUGCAGCCUAAUAAUGUUAUGCUAUCAAUAUCAAAGAUCCCAAUAAACAAUAACAAAUGGCACCA